CCUGCUCUUUGCUCUUUUAUCUUGUCGCACAAAAAAUCCAAUGACAUGGCUAAAGAGAACGAAAGCAAGUUGUUAGGCAAAAAAAGAACGUGUCUUUAGGUCCUUUGCCGGACAAUAACACCAUUCCUGAAAAGUUUCCUUUUACCUUCGCACCACCACUUUUACCCGGUCAAAAGCUAUUUGAUCAAAAUCAGCUCGACGCAUCGUUCGAUUCACAACGCAAUAGCAACCAUAAAUGGAGUCCUGCAGCACUUUCCCAUCGAUUUCGGAAACGGGCUGAGCAGGGACGACUACAAAAUGUCAUGACGACGACGGAUUCUACGACGAAAAACAAUUGUGGCGGCAACAAUAAUAGCCACAGUAAAUCUUCACUAUGGUCAACAUUGUCGUCAUCACCCAGCAGCAUAUCAAAUAAUUAUAAUAAUAAUGGCGAAGGCGAUCACCACGUCAUUUAUGCUCGACAUCAGGCAGUUUCCAUGGCAAUGAUCAACUGGCUACAGUUUAUUUUUAAUACAUCGCUUACGGUUUUAAUACUCUAUAUCCUUUUCAUGGUAUUGUGGACUUUACGGCAUGAUUUUCGGAUCAAGACUGAAGAAUACACUGCAGCUAUUUUGGAUGAGAUUGCAUUAUGUAAUCGGAACUAUGGUAUCAACCAUUGCGAUCCGUCAACGCGUGUGCCGGCUAUGGAGGAAAAAUGCAACUUUUGGGAAGCAUGUAAAAAUCGGGAUCCUCUGCUUAUAACAAGGAGCAAGGUUUCCGCAGAGAUGGCUGCCGAGAUUCUCAAUAGUUUUGUGGAACCAAUAUCAUAUAAGACUUUGUUCUUUUUGACCGUUCUAGUCAUCGGCUCACUUGUUGUAUCCAAUACAGCGUUCCGCUUGUAUCGACGAAAGCUGUUACUCGAACGGUGAUCUUUGUAGCUUUCAUGAUCAGAAUGGCGAUCUAAACUGUUGUGCGCUCUCUUUGGUUUACAAGCAACACACUCAAAAUAUGCGUAUGAAAAAGAAGUGUCAUUAAAAAAUAUACGGUCCUGCUAUGGCUGUGUUAUUGCACAACCAGAAGAGACCAGUACAAAGAAUCAUUGUAAUUCUAAUAGAUUGAUAUGAUCUUCCAACACCAAUGUAAUUAUACUUGAAACAACAAUAACGCAAACAUACCCAAAAAACAAAACCCGCUUGAAACAGUAGAAACAUGGUUUAUCCAAUAAAUAAUUGCACAUCCUCAUGCGUUAUCCUUUAA